AUGUUGUACUCGCCAUACAUAACCAAAUCCAUUCGAUUGUUCUCCCAAUCAGCACAAUUGAGAACAGCUCAAUUGACCCUCUUCACAAAAGAUACUUGCCAAUUGUGCACCAAUGCCAGGACUAUACUUGAAGAAACCCUUGCCUCUGAGGAAUUAAAGGGGAAGGAGAUUGAUUUGAAAGUGAUUGAUAUCAUGGAUCCAGCCAAUGAGAAGUGGUUUGAUGUUUAUUGUUACGAUGUUCCAGUGUUACAUGUUGAUAGAAGUAAUCAACCAAAGCCUGUGAAGUUUAUGCAUUACUUUCAUCAUGAUAAACUUUUACAAGAGUUCUUGAAAGAAGAAAUAAAUUAA